UUUGAAGGCUGCCACUUGAACACUCACACAGGCGAGGAGCCUCACGCCUGCAAUUUUUGUGGCGAGAGGUUCAAAGAUCCUUCCAAGAGGCAUAAACACAUGACGAGGCAUCAUGCCUAUCGCCCUUCAAAGAGCCAUAAGAAGUUCAAAGCCGACAAUGGCCACCUCGCUCCACAUGAGUCGGUCGCAUUCAGCAUAUCGAGUUCCAGUAGUCCCUCCGUCACCUCCGUUGAACAUGAAUAG